AAAAAAAAAAUGUCUAUUGUUGGUUGCGCGUAUCAAGAUCAAGAGUGAGUGUACUCAACUCUAUUUACAUCUUCGUUACACAUUAAUUACAUUUUUAAAAAAUAACUGCAAGAGCGGGAGGGGGGAGAAGAAUUGAGUUUUUUAAAAUUUUUUGUAGUGGCAAGACAAGUUUGUGAGAAAGUUUUUUUACGUGAGUACUCAGUACUUAUUUAGUGUCUCACUCCCUCAUUUGUUAACCAAAUCUCUGUACACUUUCAGUUACAAAUAUAUACCUAUAUAUAUUUGUACUUACAUAUAUACACGGAGUUUAUUAUAUUAACUAUAUCUGUAUAGUUGUCAGUUCAUGUGUACAAAGUAACGUCAGUGCAACAAGGCGGGAGUAUAAUAUAAUAUAAUAUAUUUAUUAUUAUGAGUGAUAGUGGAUUUAUAAAUAUAUAACUAUGAUGGAUUUUAAAUGAUAAAUAUAUAAGUGAAUUAUAUUGUGGAAUUGUAAUAAAAUAACAAGAGCUCGAGUUUGUAGCAGGUAUAUAUUUGUUGAUCGUUAUCGCGAAAUAAUUUCGCGAGGUAAAACUCAAGCUAACGGACAACAACGGCGACGACGACGACGACGGGCGUCCUGAUGUUGUAACGAAACGGUCAAAAUGGAAGAACGCAGCGUUCAUAGCAGUAUCAGUGAUAUAAAUAGUGAGGAGCCAGCGAAGACUGAACCAAUAAAUUUACCGAGAAAAAAGAGAAUAUGUUUGGUGGGAUUGGCCAGCAAUGAUCCAGCACUUGGAACUGCUGCUCAGCAGUUCGGUGUUCCUGUUCUCAAAUCAGAGACGGGAGCUGAAUAUAUCGACGAUACAACUUAUUGUACGUACUUUAUACUCAAGCAUUUCGAAGGAUCUGAGUAUGAAAUAUUACACAAAAGUCCUCACAGAAUACUGGGGCCCACGGCUCUUCUUCAACUGGCGGACAAGAAAGAAUCUUUACCGAGUAUCAAUAGACCCAUGUUCACAAGAUCAAUGCUAGGAACUGUCGUGGUGUUCACAGGUUUCAGAAAGAAAGAUGAAUUGACAAGGCUCAUCAAUAUGAUUCACAGUAUGGGUGGUAGUAUUAGAAAAGAAAUGGGUGCUAAAGUGACUCAUCUAAUAGCUAAUUGCUGUGGCGGUGAUAAAUAUAGAUAUGCUGUGACAUUCAGGGUGCCGAUAAUGUCAAUGAAUUGGGUUGUUGCACUCUGGGACGCUAAGAAUGACGCAACAAGUUAUGGAAAUAACGAAGAUGUGAUAAAUCACUUCAAACUUAAACCUUUCUUUGGUGCCCGCGUGUGUUUCUUUGGAUUCCCGGAAGAUGAAAAGAGACAUAUGUGCGAAGUGUUACAGCAACAAGGUGGCGAGCCAACGGAAAUCGACGAUCCUGAAUGCAGUCAUGUCAUCAUCGAUUUAAACAGCCAGUACUUCAUCACCGAGUCACAACAAAAUAUUAAAAAUAAAUUAAAUUUACACCAUCCUAGUAAUUUAUCACCUAUCACUCCAUCUCAUAAUAAAACAUUCGCUUAUUACGAUUCAGAAACCCUGGGAAUGCAUUCCGUUGGUCCUAAUGACGAUGAUUGUGAGUCUGUUGACAGUAGAAUCAAUAGCAUAAGUUCAUUGAUGACACUAGACUCUGUUAACUUUGAUAGACAUUCAGUUGCUGUCAAUAAUAACAAUAAUAUUUAUGAUAACAACAGUCAAGACUCAGCAAUUUUCAUGGACUUCAAUUCGCGGUCUGAAUCUCCCGGUCUCUCUGACGAAUCUGAAUUUCAGAAUGAAUUUACCGAUACUUCCUCCCCGUCAAAAACUCCCUCGUCUUCUUGCAAACUAAAAAAUUCCCCGCCAAUAAAAGAGCGCCAGCCAAGAGCUUCAAAUAUCAGCGUUUCUAUGUCACUACGACGUUAUAUGAAAUGGAAAAAAUCUAAAUCAUGUUACUCGCUCCCCAAAAUGACAUUGAAUCAACCGCGAUUCGUUAAAACCCAAUCAUACUCCGCUUUACUUAAAGAUAAUCCCGAAGAAUUUUUAACAGUCGAUUCAAAGGCUAAAAUAUCCCGGGCACCUCGGCGGUCCCCAUCACAAACUCAUUACAGUCCGCGUAGAAAUUCAUUGGUAGCAUCAUUAUACGACAUGACAUUUACCCCAUCAUUUAAACACACAAUUAAAAUAAACGAUAACAGUAACAACGAUGACGUAUUCGAGGAUAACGACAUUAAACAUAAACGUUCAUUAUCAUGUGGGUUGCUUUCUAUCCAAACUAAAAGAACUAAAUUGUCAUCUGCUUCAAAUUUACUCGAGUACACUGAGGGUUUUAGUACAAUUGAUAAGAUAACGGACUCUAAUACUGAUUCAUUGAGAGAUAAAUACACCAGGCAGAAGGAUCGACCAUUUAGGAUGGUCGUUGACGAAUCAAAUGUCAAUACACUACCCGACCUGGCCUCAGUACGAGCUUACAUUGUAAAGGCCGAGUGGUUUUGGACAUCGGUACAAAAUGAAGGCGCUGCUGAUGAAAAGGAAUAUCUAUUUGAAGAUUAUCUGGAGUCGAUGUUAUCACCAAGUGCAUCAGUACGUAAAGAUAGUCAGCAAGCUGCAACACCAACAACAGCAUCAACAAGACGAAAACGUAAACGUCUUGCUGAGACAUUGUCAAGCCUCGUGCAAAAUGGUGCCGAUUCACCGGCUGUACAUAAAAGAAGAUCCAGCAUCAGCGAUGCAGGCCAUCUGAGUGUUAGUGGGAGCUUCUUAGAUUGCACUGCGAGUCCUGACAAGCAGAUGCUAGAUGAUAUUCCAGAAGUAGAAGCUGUAAGUACAGAGACCGCUCGUAAAAAUUUAUCGCCACGUCAUCAAGUGUUUUUGGAAUUGGUGCAGACAGAAUCUAAUUACGUUGGAAUCCUCAGCACAAUUAUGACCUUAUUUAAGUCGCCUUUGGAGGAUUACAUCGAAACGAGCAACGAACUACUGAACAGCACAGAGGCUAAAAUAAUAUUCGGCAAUUUCCCGCCAAUAUAUGAAGUCCACAAAAAAAUGUUAGAAGAGUUGCGAUAUAGCGCAGCGCACUGGACUGAAGACAUAAGCAUAGGAAAUAUAUUUUUAAAAUACGCGCCAGAUUUAAUGAAAGCGUACCCGCCUUAUGUUAAUUUUUUUGAAAAUACUAAAGAAAUGUUGGAGCAGUGCGAUCAAAAUAAACCGCGUUUCCAUGCAUUCUUGAAGAUAUGUCAGACAAAACCCGAGUGCGGCAGACAAAGUUUGAAAGAGUUGAUGAUAAAACCUGUGCAACGAUUACCCAGUAUUAGUUUAUUAUUAACGGAUAUUCUUAAGCACACGAAUAAAAAUAAUACGGAUCACAGUGCUUUGGAAUUGUCAAUCAGUAGUAUUAAAGAAGUAAUGACGUAUAUUAAUGAGGAUAAGAGAAAAACGGAAGGCCAGCUAGCAAUGUUCGAUAUAUUCAAUGAGAUAGACAACUGUCCGCCUCAUCUAGUCUCAUCACACCGUUCGUUUAUCGGUAAAUGUGAAGUUAUGGAACUGAGUGAAGGUUUGAGUGGUCGUGGUGAUCAUUUAGUUUUAUUUUUAUUCACUGAUACUCUUGAGAUAUGUAAGAAACGUUCUAAGGCUUUCAAUUCGCUCAAGAGUCCUAAUACGGUCAAUGGAUUACAUACCGUCAAACUUAAUCAGGGAAAACCGUACAAACAUAUUAAGUUACUGUCGUUAAGUACAAUUAAAAAAGUUGUAGACAUUCGGGAAACUGAUGAAUGUCAAAAUGUAUUCGCCUUAAUGGUCAGAAAUAAUCAAGAAUUAAAAGAAAAAUUAUAUUCAUUCACAAUAACCGAUGAGGAAGUUAACAAAUGUAAUUAUUUACGGACUCUCUGCAGACAGAUGGCCAAUACAGUUUGCAAAGCCGAUGCCGAUACUUUCCUUAUAAGUCUCGAUUCACAUCAACUUGAAAUCGAUACCAGUGACGUCGCGCUGGGGACAUUAAGUAAAGCAUUUAAGAGCCUAUUUCAUAAUUUUUACCUGGAGUAUAUGGAUCCGUAUGUGUUCCUACUCAAUAGCAUGUGUGAGACUACGUUACAUGUCCCAAUACCGUUCGCAUCACGUACCAGGAUGAAAGUUGGCAGAGCAUUCAGCUUCAAUAAAACGCCGAGUAAAUUAAAAAGAGCCAUGUCCACGAUGAUGUCACCGUUCGGAUCGACGAACAGCCUCACCCCCGCAAGCCAGCAACUUGCCCAAAUGCGCUUGGCAAGUUGUAAUAACAUCAACUAUCAGGAAAAAUAUCGUCAUGUUGCAAGAACUGGGCAAUGGUGGUACAGAUUCGCCGUCUAGAGAUGAAGUUCUCGUCGCGCCGAUGUCGGUUCAACCGACCAGGAAGGCUAAGUGCAGCUCCUUAAGUAUGGCUUCAUUAAGAAGGUUGUAAUUGUUUAUAUAAAUUUUAUUAAAAUAUAUCGAGAGUUAAUUAUCAUCCUCUCGCUUAAAUAACACCUGCGCUUUAAAUAUAAUUACUAUUAUAAUAAUAAGCGUUUUAUUUUUUAAUGCUAUCGUUAUACGUACAUAUAAUUUAUAUAACUAAUAAUUGUUUAGUAUUUUUUUUUACAUAAUUUAUUAUCGACUGCUUUUUAUGUUUAUUAUAAAUAAUUGGUUAUAAAUAUAGCACUGGUUUGUGUGUUUAGUGUUGUCCUGAUUAAUGACGUUCAUAAUUACAAUAAUAUAAGUGCCUUAUAUUUGUAUAUUUAUAUAAAAAAAAAAAAAAAAAAACUGAAUAGUAUUAGAAAUAAUUAAAGACAGACUGCGUAACUAUCGUGCAAGUUAAUUAACAAAUUCAUCAUACAGGUCUUUGCUUCCAAAACUGCUUGAUAAUUGACUGCUUAAACUCGUAAUUGGCUAAUUACUCGCCAUAAUUCACAUGCUCAAACGUUAAUUAAUAAUUAACUGUUAGAUGGUAACUUUUCUUUUUCUUGUUAUUUAAUUUUUAUUCUGUAUCUUCAGAAACUGUUCCGAGGAAACGAUUCAGGAAAAAACAAACGUUUGAAAGUAUACGACUAUAAUAAUAUACCAUCGGGAAUUUUACUGCAAGAUUGUUAAAUCAACAAUAUAAUUAUUAUAAUAAUAAUAAUAUAAGUAAUUAAAUAUAAAUUAUUAUAUAAUAUUAUUUAUAGUAAAAAGAAAAUAUGAAAUUUAUUUAACAAUCGCAUUUUAAUGAUAGCUCUAAAUUUAUUUAAAAAAUAUAUUAAAAAAAAAUUAUGUGCCAUUAAAAUAACAACAGCACAAUUUGCCAUGUAAAUUAAAUUUAAAAAAAAAAUUUAUUAAAAAAAAAUUUAAUGAUAAAUUUUUAAUUAAUAAAAAAUAAUAGAAUUUUUAUUGGCCAAAAUUUUGAUAUUUAUAUAAAUAAUUGUAUUAAAAUAAAGUAAUGACUAGGGCCAGGAUUUUUGCGUUAACUAAAAAUAAUUAGUAAUUAGUGGUGUGAAAUUUUUGAAUCACGGUAAAAAUAUUGGUCUUAUUAAAAAAUUUUUCAAACAAAAGUUGUAGGAAAUUUAAUUUCAUAAAAAAAAUGUCUCUUAUAUUUUUUUUUAGGAUUAAUAAGAAAGCCGUAGUUUCAAAAUUAAGAU